AUGUAUUCUUUAAAAACCACACCCUCUCCACCAUCCUCUCCACCAUCAGCCUCAUCCUCUGCUUUUACAACCACAAAAAUUGAUAAACCUUCCCUGCCUCCUACCACACCAAGAAGGAAGUCCAUAGUAGUAUCCGAUGAAGUAAUAAUCAAUAGUAUUGUUACCGGUACCUCAUACAAACAAUCAUCAUCUGAUCAAAUCAAUGGAAAUCGUCCAUCGUAUUCUUCAAUAAAAAUAAAUCCUCAUACUAAAGAAAUUUUUGUUGAACCUUCUCUUGCUGAAGGUACUCCUCUAUUAAAAGUUUCCGCAAAGAAGAAAAAACAAAAGAUUUUUAGAAUCGAUGUAGGUCAAGGUCUCAACAUCGAAAAUAUCAAAGAGCUUCGGGUUGGUGAAGCAAUAAGAAGUUAUAGAGAACAAUUUAAGCUCAGUGUGGACUAUGAAUCACGAUGGUUCACUAUUGUUUAUAUUGAUUCAGGAAAAUAUAAAACACUUCAUCUUGUUGCUCCAACACCUAAAUUGUUUAAUACUUGGGUGGACAACUUGGAGAAACUUUAUUUGCACAGAAAAGAUUUAAUGGGUGGUUUGGGCCAUUUGAGAAAACGUCAGUCUGUUUGGUUAAAACAACAUUGGAAACAAGCGAAUAAAGAUGGCGAUUCAAAAUUAGGGUUUGAUGAGGUGGUUAGAUUGUGUCGUCAAUUAAAUAUUAACAUGUCAAAAGCAUCUUUAAGAAAACAAUUUGAUGUGACUAAUGAUAAUAGGAACGAUUGGCUGGAUUUUAGUGAUUUUAAAAGGUUUGUAAAAAUAAUCAAGAGAAGGACCGAAUUAGAAGAAUUAUUUACUAGAUUAGCAACAGCACGUGAAUCGGUUUUAACUUUAAUAGAAUUCAAGAAUUUCCUAAUAGAUUAUCAAAAGUGUAAUUUAAAGGAGUUAGAAUAUGAAAAUUUAUACUUAAAAUUUUGUAAUAAAAACACAAAAGAAAUGACAUUAGAGGGUUUUAGUAGUUUUAUGAUGUCAAGUGAUAAUCCUACAUUUUCAUCAGAACAUGCAAAAAUUUAUCAAGAUAUGGAUCAACCUUUAUCACAUUAUUUUGUAGAUUCCUCUCAUAAUACAUAUCUUCUUGGCCAUCAAUUAACAGGUGAAUCAUCCGUAGAAGGUUACAUACGCGUAUUACAAAGAGGAUGCAGAUGUGUUGAAAUUGAUUGUUGGGAUGGGCCUGACGGACCUGUAGUCACACAUGGUCGUACUUGGACAUCUAAAAUUUUAUUUCAAGAUGUCAUAUCAGUUAUUCGCACUUAUGCAUUUAAAGCUAGUCCUUAUCCACUCAUUUUAUCACUUGAAGUUCAUUGUUGUAUUGAACAACAAGGCCAAAUGGCCUUUAUACUAAAUAAUCUUUUAGGAGAAAGUUUGGUCACUAAAUUUCUAUACGAUGAUGAAACAACGUUACCAAGUCCUAAAAGCUUGAUGCAUAAAAUUCUAUUAAAGGGAAAAAAUCUUCCAUCAGAUGCUCCCGAUGAUUUUUUUGGUGAUUCUACUACUGAUACUGAAUCAGCUACCGAUAACGAAUCAGAUGUUGAACCAUCAAAAAAUGAUAAAAAACCAAAGGACAAACCAAAAAAGGAAAAAACUCGUGUUUCCAAAGCGCUUUCUGAUUUAAUAAUUUAUUGUUCAGCUACCAAAUUUAGAGGAUUUGAGUAUCAUCGUGAAAAUUCAUCAUACUAUCAUAUGUCAUCUUUUUCUGAGAAAGUUUCCACGCGUCUUUUAAAAUCAGAAAAAUUGGCAUUCAUUCGACACAACACAAAACAUCUAUCACGGAUUUAUCCUGCAGGUUUUCGAAUAAAUUCAUCAAAUUACGAACCACAUCAUCAAUGGAUAGUUGGUAGUCAAUUGGUUGCAUUGAAUUGGCAAACAUUUGACCUUGGAAUGCAGAUUAAUCAAGCUAUGUUCGCUGUGAACGGUAGGUGCGGAUAUGUUCUCAAAUCAGAUAGAUUACGUAAUCCAGAUUUAUGUUCAUCAUCGGAUCAACCAAAACCAAGAACCUUAUCAAUAGAGAUAAUUUCAGCUCAACAGCUUCCCAAACCAAAAGAAGCAACUAAAGGAGAAAUAAUUGAUCCGUUCGUUGAGGUUACGCUGUUAGUUCCAAAUUCUGAGGCCGUAAUAAAAAAAACUAAAACAAUAUCAGACAAUGGAUUUAAUCCAAUAUGGAAGGAGAAGUUAUCAUUUACAAUUGAAUGUGAAGAAAUUGGCCUGGUUUUUUUACGAUUUUGUGUUUUGGAUGAGGAUGUUAGAACGAACGAUUUCAUAGCAUAUUAUUGUACACCUUUAACUAGUUUACAAAUGGAUUAUGAAAAUUUAAAAAAAGAAUCGAAAAUGUUACAAGAAGAUUUUGAUGCUAAAGGGUUGAAAAAAGAAGAUUACUCUUUACUUAUAUUGGCAUUGCUUCGUAAAUUGGGAAUUCGUUUUUUUGAAAAUCCAGAUACUCAAAAAUUAAAAGUAAUAAUUGGAAAUGAUGAUAUCAAUGUCGCGAUAAUAGAUAAUGCAUCGGAUGAAUAUGAAGUUUCCAAUUAUUUAUGGAAUUUAGUAUUUGAACUAGAAGAGGAAGAAGAAAGAAAUAAACAUUUUUUAAUGUGA